AUGAUGGUGCAUUCCAAUACGGAAGCAAUGAAACCCGAGGAAUUAAAUUCAUCUCCUCUCAACAAGUCCCAUUUCCUUCAUCCCGAAGAGCAACUACAAACCUUGCAAAUUCAUACACCUCCACGUGAAGGAACAAGAGCUCGCUCCUCGUCAUCUAAUACAGCAACGACACCAACAACAACAUCAGGAAAUUAUUCCACGACCAAACGUUCGAGCCUUCAUCGGUCCCGUCCCUUCUCGAAAGAUUCCAUCACCUACAAAGUCUUGCAAGAUAUUGCAGCAACCACUAUUUGCAAACAUCAAUAUCAUCAUCAGGAUGAUUCUGAACCAUCUGUAGAUGAUGAUUCAUGCUCAGCUGAAAACAACAAGUCGGAAUCAGGUUGCAUUCAUAACAUUCUCAACCACGACAAUGUAACUAUCACUCACAACAAUGAGAUGGAUGUAGCUCUUGAAAAUUGUUAUGAGAAUGACAUUAUGCAAAAGUGGGUCAAACAAAAGAUAACACUCAUUCAUACAAUUCAUGAUAAUGUAGUGGGUGCGGAGGCUGUUUUUAAAACUCCAUUUUCAACCAAUAGGUUUAUUCCUAUUACGUAUUGUGAUUACAUUGCUUCGGGAAAACCUUUGAAGUUUAUUGAAGAUUAUUUGUUUGAGCAAGUUUUACCGACCUAUGCCAACACACACACCACAACCUCUUUCACAGGUUAUCAGACGACACAUUUCAGAGAGGAAGCAAGAGAGAUUAUUGCAGAAUGUGUCAAUGCGAGAUUAACCAAAUCAUGCAACAUGAAUGAAAAUAAUUGUGCAAGUUGCUCUUUUUCAUCCAUGAUGAACAAAAUUUCAAAACCAUCCAAUUCCAAAAAUACAGAUGGAGAUUGUGAUGUUGUACUAUUUGUGGGCAGUGGCUCCACUAGUGCAGUGAACACUUUGGUACAUUGUAUUGGAAUUAGAGAAAGAGUAUUACUGGCUCGUUCUCAAAACGAAUUACCUGUGGUUUUUAUUUCUCCAUAUGAACAUCAUUCAAAUAUCCUUCCUUGGAGAGAGUCUGGAGCUAUCGUUAUUCAAAUAGCUGAAGAUAGAUAUGGUAAUUUAAAUUUUGAACAUUUGAAGAAGUGUCUACUCACGUACAAGAACGGUAAACGAUUAUUGAUAGGUUCAUUCAGUGCAGCCUCAAAUGUGACAGGAGUUUGUACAGAUUGUGAUGCAGUUUGCAAGUUGUGUCAUGAACAUGGAGCCUUUUGCUUUUUUGAUUACGCUGCCUCUGCCCCAUACGUGCCAAUUGAUAUGAACCCAACACCGGAUACGCUUCUUCACAAAGAUGCAAUUUUCAUUAGUCCUCAUAAAUUUGUGGGUGGCCCUGGAACUCCUGGUCUAUUAAUUGCUAAAAGAAAGCUCUUUAUGAAUGCUGUGCCAACUCGCCCAGGCGGAGGAACAGUAAACUUUGUCGACGAUAGAAAUCAUAGCUACACAGCAAAGAUUGAAGAAAGAGAAGAGGGAGGAACACCUGAUAUCAUUGGCUCCAUUCGAUGUGCUUUGAUAUUCAAGCUAAAAGAAGCAGUAGGACCAUGUCUCAUUGGUAAAUUAGAAGAUGCUUACCGAGAUAGAGCUUUAGAAUUUUGGUCUAAAAAUCCGAACUUAAUUCUUCUUGGCCCAGGAAAGGAAUGUAUCUCAAAAGGAUUGAAAAAGUUAGCUUUUUUCUCAUUUCUUGUAAAGCACGGAGACAUUUUCUUACAUCACUCAUUUGUGAGCUUACUGCUUAAUGAUUUAUUUGGUAUUCAGACAAGAGGAGGUUGUAGCUGUGCUGGUCCAUUAGGAAUUGAAUUAUUGGGAAUUUCUCAUGAAACCGCAUUGGAAUUGGAAGGUGCACUUCUUGAAUCUUACUCGUCUCCCAUUUCCCUGACACACUUAAAACCUGGUUGGACUCGUUUAAAUUUGAACUAUUUCUUUGAUGACGAAACAGUGGACUUUGUGUUAAAAGCAGUUGAUUUUGUUGCUACCCAUGGAUGGAAAUUCUUACCAUACUACGUUUUUAAUGAGUCAAGCAAUGAGUGGAUGCACCGUAGAUUUGAUAUUGUCUCAUCUGGUAUUAGCCCCAAUUUAAACCGACCUAGCAACAAGAUUUCUUCCAUUCAUGAAAACUUUACGGACUUUUUAGAACAACACCGAAAAAGAAUUUCUGAUAUUACGUUUGAACAUGGGCGCCUUGAAUUUUUGAAUAACUCGAGCGAGUUGCAUGAUAUGGAACCAAACACGAUCCAUAGUUAUUCUGCAAUUUUGCAAGAUGCAGAAGAAUUGUUACAACAAUCAAUGAAACUAUUCACAUCCAAAGAUGGAAUCAAAUUAGAUUACAAACAGGAAAUUACUAGAUUAUUUGGAGAUAAUGACAAGUAUGGAUUUGAACGAAAGUACGGCCAUUUGCGAUGGUAUUUGUUGCCAAGUGAAGCCCUAAUGGAACUACGAGGAUUGGAAUCCCCUCGCAAAGAGAAGACAAUCUUUGUGGUACCUAAAGUUUAUCCAACACCGGAAAAGUAUGUAGAGGACAAGGUCCAUUGCUCACCACCAACCUAUAUUUCACCAAACAGUAUGUCAUACUGUCCUUUUGUUAGUUGUACGUGGUGGGUUUUGGGCUUCAGUGCUGUUGCCAUAGGAGCCGCGGUUCAUUAUUUCAGAAACAAACACCAAUAA